AGUUAUUUAUUUAUAUUUCAGUUAGGUAGACAGAAAAAUUUUGUUUGCCUUCCUUUUAUUGGAAUACCUAUGGUACAACCUUGACUUACGCGAACAAGAAACAAAAUGCAACCUUAUUCGAAGCAUGUUGAUGAAAAGGGAUUGUUUCUUCUAAUUCAUAAUUUUAAAUACGGGGAUAGAGGGUCACUCAAAGGCUCGCAAAAAGAUGCUGAUGCAAUACGAGAUGUGGUUGCCAAAUUAGAUUUCGAUGUAAUACUAAAGGAAAAUCUAACAGAAGAACAGAUUAUUUGUUUAAUGAAAGAUAUAAAGAAAAAUGAGUUAAACAACCGGUUCUGUUUGUGGGUAUAUGUGCUUGCUCAUGGGACCAAAGGACAACAAAUUUAUGGUGUUGAUGGCAAAUGUGUUAGUGUUCGAGAGCACAUCAUGAAACCAUUUCUUCACAACUGCAGUCAACUUACAAAUAAGCCAAAGCUGUUUUUCGUUGAUGCAUGCCAAGGUGCAACAUCGACAGCUCAAACAAGUCGUCAUAUUGAUAGUACAGCUGACACAACCUUUAGUGAGGUUCGAGGUGUCCCUGAUAACACACCUACGGAUACGGAUGCUUGUGACUGGUUACUUGAAUAUUCUUGCAGCGAUGGUCACAAUGCCACAGUCGGGGUGUUUACACCAAUACUUGCUAAAAUCUUGCAAAGGGAAAUAAAAGCAGGGAGUCAGCAAGAACUCUUACCUAUGUUAAGAGAGUUAUGUUCUCAAGUGACCCGUAGUUCAACAGGAUUCGGUAACCAAGUUCCAAUUUUUGAAAGCACUCUUACAAAUUGUUUCUAUCCUGGACAACAUGUGAUAAAUAAAAAACACCCUUUUCACACAUCUGACAAAACUAAACUGAUUUUAUCUCAAAAAUCUUAUGGACAAACUUCUUGUGUAAGGGAUUCAGGUGUUGGAAACACAUAUGAGCCUACUGCAGAAUCCUCAGAUCAGGCACUGCAUCCGCCACUUAGAACAUCAGAGUUUGAAGCUGCAAUGAAUAAUGAGGAUAUUGAUAAUUGUUUACAAAAUAACAAGUUUCGUGAUGCAAAGGAAUUGAUUGCUAUUCAAAUUAAAUCAACAAAGUGUGAAAGAGAAAUCUGGAUCUAUAAAUUAAAACAGGAUUUCUGCUGUAUAAAGAUGGGCAACAAAGGCAAGGUUCAACAUCAUACUGAACAAUGGCGGAAAACCAUUUGUGGAGAUAGGUAUACGCGAACUAAACAAGUUGAUGAUUUCUUUUAUGUUUGCAAGUUGUUUGCAAACAAUGGAUUACCUGAAAAAGCUUUAUUAAUGCUUCAACAUGCAGCAGAUUUGUAUUAUGAACUGGGGAAUGCCCAAAGUGGAUCUCCUGGGCUUGAACAUUGUAUUGAUCUUCUAUACAACUUGCAUAUUGAGAAAGUAAAGAAAGAUAUUGAAAUGAAGAAAUUAUUCCAAUUGCAAAAAGACUUACGAAAUCCUUCGAAAAAAAUGGAAACAAUAUUAUAUCCAGAUUGUAAAGUUUUUUAUCUGCCAACUAUGUCUGUGCUGGAGAGCGAAGAGGAAACAAUGGAGAACAAUCCUCCAACUGGUUUCAAAUUAAAUGUGAUUAAGAACAAUUACCCUACAGAUCAACAUUCACAAAAUGUUAAAAUGAUACAUCACCAUGAUAUCUAUCAGCACAAAGCCGACUUCCCUAAUAAUCCAAUACCAGUAAUUAAACCUAUGCUGCUUAGGUUGAGUGAUCUAUCAUUUAAGUUAGGUGAUCCUUCAAAUAUACAAGACCCAUCAUUCAAGAAGAAAAUGGCAAAACUUCUGUACCAUUACCAGACUGUUUUCAACGUUGAAGCGAAUGAGUUGGGCGUUCAGAACAUUUAUCAAGCUCUGAUGGAUGUUAGCAUCACAGGACACACCAACCAGCAUGAUAUGCCAGUUAUGCAAGACAAUUUUUGGCUGCCAUCUGAUACAGCACUAUGAAAUAAUUAGAUUGGGAAUCGUCAGGUGACAUUCGUCCCGCGCCGUGGUAUAGUGUCCGGCGCCGUGGUAUAGUGGUUAGCGCGCCUGCCUGUAACCCAGAGGUAAUGGGUUCAAGGCUCGAUGCUGCUACCAUUGUGGGCGUUCCGGCCACGCGAGGAUAAAG